GCGUCGCGCUAACCGGUUCCGCGUUUGAAUCGAUGGCGAGAUGCUUCGAAACGAGCGUCGGCGUGUCUUUCCGCGAUAUGUCGCGCGACGAGCAGCAGCCGCAAUGCAGCGGCUUUGACUUGAGCUUUUCGGGCGACUGCAAAUUAUCGACAAGCGAAAACCGUUCAAGGGAGAUAACCGCGAACACUCUUGAGUCACAUUCGUCCCGUUAACCCCGGUGAAUGUUACGUUUGAGGCUCUGCGCGUCCCGUUCGCCCGAUGAACUAUUUAUAAACGUGGGAAGUGGGGAUACAAACAAAGAGAGAGGAAGAGGAAGAGGAAGCCUUGGUGGUGAUCCAAGGAGCUUUGGCCGGCUGAGCUGCAGCAUGACCACAGCAGCGAGGGCUCAUCGGGGACUUCUGGCAAAUGAAAAUGGAGGCGGUUCCGAUGUCCGGCCUGGACAACAGCAAGCUGGAGGGCCUCGCUCAGGACAUCCUGUCUGACCUGGUGGAGGACGCGUGCCUGGGCCUUUGCUUCGAGGCGCACCGGGCUGUGAAGCAGGGCUAUUUCCUCCUGGAUGACACGGACCAAGAAAGCUUGCGGGACUUUGAAAUUGUGGACCAGCCGGGCUUGGAUGUGUUCGGCCAGGUGUACAACCAGUGGAAAAACAAAGAGUGCGUUUGUCCCAACUGCAGCCGAAGCAUCGCCGCAUCGCGCUUCGCUCCGCACCUGGAGAAGUGCCUCGGCAUGGGACGCAACAGCAGCCGCAUCGCCAACCGCAGAAUAGUCACGGGUAACAACACCAACAACAAAUCAGAGAGCGACCAAGAAGACAACGAUGACGUCAAUGAUAACGACUGGUCUUACGGCGCAGAAAAGCGAGCCAAGAAAAGAAAAUCUGAUAAGAAUCCAAAUUCGCCAAGAAGAUCCAAAUCCUUCAAGCAUAAGAGCAGCAUGAUGGGUCCUCGACGUCGCAUGGACAACCAGGAAAGCCCGCGCAUGUUGAUGAAAGACGAAGCGUUCCCUCAAUAACGACACGCGCUAUAGCUAACCCAGGACAACCGGCAGUACUUCUUCGUUCCGGGUGAAAAGUAUUGCCGUUAUGGAUGGCUCGCACGGUGACGACCUCAGACCUCCCACUUUAUACUUGACGCUUUUUGUUUGUUUGUUUGUUUUUUUUAUUUCCAAAAAUCAUCCUACAGACACUGGCUUUUUAGUCCUCUCUUUGCUGGAAUCUCUCACAGUAACAAUGAAUCAUUGGACAUGAUUUCACUGCAUAUAUCGUUCAGAGCGUUGAAUUACUCCGUGAGCGCACUCGUAUUUCAGUUUUUCACAUUUUCUUCUGGAAGAACACAAGAUCUAAGGGUCACAUUAUGUUUCAGACAAUCACUAGAAAUGGUUUUGUCAUCCGUUUUCACACUCGUAGUCAUGCUCAAGUUUGUGUUUGCAUGUGUGCGGCUCACUGAACAUCGAGCGAACGUCUAAUUGUACAAGCAAUUGCUGCAGAAAGCAGAUGUUUUUUUUUCUUUUUUCUUUUUUUUGGGGGGG